AGAUGGCCCAACCACCGUUCUAGAGUGGAACUCGUCUUCGUCAAGCGGAAAAGAAAAACCCGAGAGUUCACCGGUGUCGCCGACGGCGUAGCGCUCCCCUUCCGCCCCCACUCCGCUGCGUAAAAUCCGGCCGUCUCGAUGGCUCUCCGGCGCAUCGCCGGCGCGCCCACGUCGUCCUUCUUCUUCAAGCCCCUCUCUACUCUUCUCCCACAGGCAGCAGAGCCCGCGUCCGGUUCCCCGUCCUACCUCGCCCAUCACCUGCUCGACGAAUUCUCCCGCCCGCGCGCCUCCCGCGACGGGGAGCGCCUCCGCCGCCUCGCCGCCUACCUCACCGCCCCCGCCGUGGAAUCCGUCAUCGCGCGGCUCCCCUCCUGGCGCCACGCGCUCGACUUCUUCCGCUGGGCCGACGAGCAGCCGGGCUUCCGCCACUCCUGCUACUCGUUCAACGCCAUGGCCUCGCUCCUGCGGCGCGGCAAGCCCGCUCACCUCGACCGCCUUGUUGCCGACGCGCUCGCCGCAGGCUGCCCCAUGACGCCAGGCGCGCUGGGGUUCCUCCUCCGCUGCCUCGGUGACGCCGGGCUCCCUGACACCGCCGCUCUCGUCUUUGACAGCGCGAGGACGCGCCUUAGCUGCACUCCCAACUCAUACACCUUCAACUGCCUUCUCGACGCGCUGGCUAAGGCCGGCCGCGCAGACGACGUGGAGGCAAGGCUCCAGGAGAUGCUGGCGACAUGCGGCGAUGCAAGUGUCGAUAAGUACACCCUCACCUCGCUCCUGCAGUGCUACUGCAAUGCAGGCCGUCCAGAUGACGUCAACGACGUGUUCCAGAGGAUGAGCCAGCAUGGUUGGGUGGACGAGUAUGUGCUGACGAUGCUGGCGGUGGCGUUCAGCAAGUGGGGGAAGGUGGACGGGGCGGUUGAGCUCGUGGGGAGGAUGGAGUUGUUGGGGAUGAGGCCGAGUGAGAAGACAUUUAACGUGCUGGUCCAUGGGUUUGCAAAGCAGCGCAGGAUCGACAAAGCCGUUGAGAUGUUUGACAAGAUGGCCUCUUAUGGCUAUGUUGCUGAUUUGCCGAUGUACAGCGUGUUAAUUGAGGGUCUCUGCAGGCACAAACAGAUCGGAAAAGCGGUGAAAAUAUUUGAGGUAAUGAAGAGCAGUGAGGUUGUUCCUGGUGUCCGCUUACUCAAGAAUAUGAUUGAGGCUUUCAUUCAUGAAGGAGAUUUUGCCAUUGUUGGCCCGCUUAUCAAUGAAAAUGCUGGGAAGUUAAAACCAAGUGAUGUUACCGCACUGUACAAUGUGGUUCUUCAAGGGCUUGUUAACCACGGGCAGGUAGAAGCAGCUUAUCAGUUGCUCACCUCAAGGGUACGUGGUGUUCAGGGGAUUAGUGAUGGUUUGGCUGUUGGUGCAGAUGUGGUCGAUGCCGUGCAGGAUGUGAAGCCAAACUCUGAUUCCUUCAACAUUGUUGUGUGUGGCCUUUGUAAGGUUAAGAAACUGGAUGAUGCCUUAGCUCUCGUACAGGAUAUGGUUGGCUUUGGCAGCAAGGGAAAGCUGCUAAUGUUUAAUGAUUUGAUCUAUGAGUUGUGCAAUUUAGAUAGGUUGGAUGAAGGAUACAAAUUGUUUAACCAAAUGAAGGAUCUUGGUGUGAUUCCCUCAGAGUUCACAUAUAAUUCAUUAUUUUAUGGCGUUUGCAGGAGAAAAGAUCCAAAUGCUGCUUUUGAUUUACUGAGGGAGAUGUCCACCAAUGGACAUAGACCAUGGAUAAAGAACUGCACAGAGAUGGUGCAACAGCUUUGCUUUAGUGGCAGGAUAACAGAAGCUCUUGGCUUUCUAGAAGAAAUGCUCAAAAUGGGUUUUCUUCCUGAUAUCGUGACAUACUCUGCAGCCAUGAAUGAACUGUGUAAAACCGGUGAGGUGGACACUGCGUUAGGACUCUUUCGUGACAUUUCUGCCAAAUUUUAUCUUCCUGAUGUGGUAGCACAUAAUAUCUUGAUAAAUGGGUUCCGUGUAUCAGGCAAAUUGAAUGAGGCGCAAGAAAUUAUGGAAGAGAUGUUGGAGAAGGGUCUGUUUCCUUCUAUUGUUACCUACAACCUUAUGAUUGAUGUUUGGUGCAAGUCUGGCAAUAUUGAAAAAGCUGUUGAUUGCUUAAGUAAAAUGGUUGAUGAAGAAAAGUCACCAACAAUAGUUACAUAUACAAGCUUGAUAGAUGGACUCUGCGGUGCUGGAAGAUCUGACGAAGCCAUUGUUCUGUGGCACAAACUGAGUGAUAAAAGUUGUGCACCAAAUAAGAUAGCGUAUACUGCUUUUGUAAAUGGAUUGUGCAAGUGUGGUCGAGUAGAGACUGCACUGACCUACUAUGAGGAGAUGAUGACGAAAGGUUUUGUAUUAGAUACUUUUUCCUGCUUAUAUUUUAUAAAUGCUUUGAUAUCAAAUGGGAAUACAACUAAAGGAUGUGAACUUUUGAAAGAGGUUCUUCAAAGGGACAUGACACAUGGUGAUGAUGUGAAAAUGGUAGGAUUGAUCAAUAAAGCAGUUGAAGAGUUGUCUAAAGAUGGAAGAACUUCUCCAGAGAUCAGUAUACUAGUAGAGAAAGGUUUAAUUUCAAGGCCUCAAACCAUGGGCAAGAAAGAUGGAAAUAACUGACAUUUGUUGCUGGCAUGAGUUUUAGAUGAUUUCCUCAAGUCCUUGUCUCUAACCAGGAAGUCCUUUCCUGCUGCUAGCAGAUUUGUUCUUGCUUUCUACAUGCCUUUUCCUUCUGCGUGCAACUACUUCCUCAAGGAUUGUACUGUGGCAGAUGCUUUAAACUCUGGGCAGGCUUUAUCCUUUAGAAGAAGGCUUUAUGAUGAAAGCCUCUCACAUUCGGGGGAGAUUAAAAAAAGAAAUGCCCAGUCUAUGGUGUCGAAUGAUACUCCUGAUAAGGGGCGACAACAUCUUCUAUUGCUGGAGCUUGAGUCCGGAGGGACCUGGAGGCCGAGUGCUUGGAGUAAUGCGAAGCUGGGGACCUGGAGGCCGAGUGCUUGGAGUAAUGCGAAGCUGGGGGGACCUGGAGGCCGAGUGCUUGGAGUAAUGCGAAGCUGGGGACCUGGAGGCCGAGUGCUUGGAACAUCUUCUAUCUUCCAUUCAAGGUUGAAUGGAAGAACCGUCGCCCACACGUUUGAUUUGUCCAACAUCAAGGGCGGCUCUGCCACAAGGGAUUGCCCUCCAUAUACUUGGGCAUGUUUUAGAUCGAGUGGUUUGGAAUAACACUAUGUCGCUAUCCCAUCUAAUUUACGCGAGACAAUGUCUUCCAUUCUCA